AUGCCUGCGGCAGAACUGGGAGAGGCAUUCGUCCAGCGAUGUCGCAAGAUUUGGUGGUCCAUAUACAUCCUCGACCGACAGAUGAGUUCGCAAAUGGGGGUCCCGCAGUCGAUACGGGACGACGAGAUAACGUGUCAACUCACGCACUUCCCGCGCUCUGCUCAGCGGACUGCAGCGCUCAAGAUGCAGAUCAAGCUUGCACGUAUUUAUGCGGAUAUAGCACGGAGUGUUUACGGCCCGAAAGGCCGCCUUCGCAAGAAAUUUGUUAUUAGUAUCAAGGGGCUGCUCGACGACAUGGCCACGGUCGCAGAGGAGCUUCGCAAUACUUUCCCUCUGCACUCGGACGAGCGGUUUGGCGGCAUCUCAAGAAUGCCUGCACAUUUGCAUUUACUGUAUUAUCAAAAGGCUUUUGAAUCACCCAAGGAGGUGGGGGCGCUGGUAUCGUCUCGCAAGAUCAGACCUCUGUUAACAAUGUCUCUCGAUGCUUCGCAGAAGAUCCUCAACAUUCUCGAAAGCCUGCAAGAUCAAGACUUACUAGAAACGUUCCUUCCCUGGGAUCUCGACUCGCUAUUCGUAUCUACGAUGGUUCUUGUUCUCAUUCGCUUCGUCGACGAUACUCUUUCCGAGAAUAGUUCGGCUUGGUUAAACAAAGCCUUCGCCUUCCUAGACACCAUGACCUCCAAUGGUAACAAAAUAGCCGAGUUCAGGUGCGCUGAGCUGCGCAAGCUGGAAGAGAUGCUCACAGAAUACUCCGCAAACCAAACUCCUCAGCAGUACCCACCACUCCAACCCCUCGCGCCGCUUCCACCCCAACAGCAACAACCGAUUGGGCAACGCCAGCGGCCAGACGGGUUCUUCAUGCCGCCUGACACGCAGUCCCCGCGGACAAUUAUGAAUCCGGAGGCUAUGGGGAUGUAUAAUGCGUUCAGCGAUGAGAGUAGUGGGUUUGGCGAUGAUUUGACGGCAGAUCAGAUCCUUGCUGUGGCUGAGUCGAUGGAUCUCGGAACUACUGACUGGUUCAAUGCCUUUGCGACUAUGGACACGUAUCACAUGGGGGAUCCGCAACAACCCCCGAUUUAG